AGAGCCGUCUACGGAUGCUAGUGCGGGCUGCGCUUUAGGUUUCUCAUAUUUUCAUCCCAAACAACCAAACAUGGGGAAGUCGUUUGCGAAUUUCAUGUGUAAGAAGGAUUUUCAUCCAGCUUCCAAGUCAAACAUCAAAAAGGUAUGGAUAGCAGAGCAGAAACUCACCUUCGAAAAACGGAGGCAAGAAGAUCUUAUGCAGGCGUACCUGAAGGAGCAGGACACCUACAAUAACAGGUUGUUGAUGGGAGAUGAUCGAGUGAAAAAUGGACUCAAUUUCAUGUAUGAAGCUCCACCAGGAGCCUCCAAAGAGGAAAAGAACGAGGAAGGAGAUGAAGAAUAUAAAUUUGAGUGGCAAAAGGGGGCGCCCAGAGAGAAAUAUGCCAAAGAUGACAUGAAUAUCAGAGAUCAACCGUUUGGAAUUCAGGUGCGCAAUGUGCGUUGUAUCAAGUGCCACAAGUGGGGACACGUCAACACGGACAGAGAGUGCCCUCUUUUUGGGCUGUCUGGGAUCAACGCCAGCGCUGUUGCAACAGACGAUGGCGCAGGUCCGUCGAUGCACCCCUCGGAGUUAAUGGCGGAGAUGCGAAACAGCGGGUUCGCCCUGAAGAAAUGUGUCCUUGAUCGGAGCGCUACCGUUUGUGAUCCGACACAGGAGUACGUGGCCAGCGAGGAAGACGAGGACCCCGAGGUGGAGUUUCUGAAGUCGCUCUCCACCAAGCAGAAGCAGAAGCUGCUCAGAAAACUCGACCGUCUGGAUAAGAAGAAAGCAAAGAAGAAGAAGAGCAAAAAGCAAAAGAGCAAAGGGAAGAAGAAGCACAAGAAGAGGCAGGAGAGCAGCGACAGCUCCGACGACUCGUCUAGCAGCAGCAGCAGCAGCGACUCGGACUCUGACACGCGCGACAAGUCCAAGAACCAGAGGAGGAAUCGGGAUAAGAAAAAAGAGUCCCGCCGUGAUCACAGCUCAGACAGCGAGCGAGAAGUCAAGAGUCAGAAGAAGAGCUCCGCUCGCAGGAGCAGGUCAGCCAGCCCGCGCAGACGCUCCAGAGAGGAGUCGGGAGAUUACAGGCGAGCAAGGACGGACAGGGCACGGAGCCGGAGCAGGAGUGGGGGGAGGGAGCGCCACAGGCACGACACCUCCAGGCCCGGCUUGGAGAGGAGCAGGAGUCGAGACAGAGACAGAGACAGAGACAGAGGCAGGGAGGACCGACGCCGCAGGAGCAGGGAGAGGAGACCCGAGUCCGCUCAGGACCGAGCCAAGCCCAGGCACUGAAGGACUGCACCAAACGCUCCACUCCAUCAGAAUCAAAAUUCACACUUCCCCGAGUCAAGUGGAAGAUAAAUGGCCUGCUUUCCCCCUCUUCUCCUCUAGAGGGAAGCAUUCCACGCGACUUCUGCUCUGUCGAACGGACACAAAUCACUUUUGUCGUUGGUUCCCCUUUUUUUUUUUUUAAUUUCAGAUCUUAUUUUUGUCCAUUAGUGUGAUGUUGUGAACCCUGAAUUAAAUCAACGUCACGACUACAAAAGUCCUUAUUUUAAUUUAUUGCGCAGUUUUUUUUAAAUUUGCACGUUUUAUUGAGAAUUAUUCAUCUUCUUGAUUUAAAUUUAAGGAUUUAUAGAAUACCUUACUGUAUAUAUAUAUAUAUAUAUAUAUAUAUAUAUAUAUAUAUAAACUGCAUCUUCGCGAUGUAACUCGGUUUUAUGAGAUUCGUUUUUGGUUCUAAAAUGCUGUCUUAACGUUUGCUCUCCAUCUAUUGAAACCUCAUUUAUUGACAUAAUAGUGACGUUUCAAGUAGUUUCUAAUUUGUGUUUUCGAUUCCCAUCAUUUUUUUUUUCUGUUUGGCUUCAUGCGCAUUAUCGGUGUAGACGAAAAACAAAUGGCGAAUCAAAUAGCAUUCGUUUUUUCAAUAACUAGCAUAGUAUUAGUGGGUUAUUAAAUGUAAAACACGUCGGGUUAUUUAUUGAAAUGGCAAUGAUUUUUUUUCCUUUCAAUAUCAAAACAGAACAGGUAGUGUGCAACAGAAAAGAUGGUCUUAUUUCAAUUUUAUAUAUCUUCAUAAGAUUCGGACGGGACUGACUGCGUCACGGGUUUUUGCUAAUACAAGUAAAUAUUUUCUCACGGAAAAUUAUUCCAGUACCAAAAUAAUUUGGUGGCAUAACAAUUAUUUCAUAAUGUUUUUACAAAUGGGAGGGUGAGAUUUAGAACGGAGAAGGCUUGAGUAUCACUCACCACGAAAUGAUUCCGACACUUUGAUAAAACGAUAUUAAUUAUGACUGUCAAGUGAUGACAGAUGUGUUUGUCGCGUGAAAUAUUGGCUUCAUUUAAUAUACAAUGUUCAUGGGUCGUCAUUUAUUAUUCGGGUGUCUUUGCCUCAACGGGUUCAACAAGACAUUUGCACGUUAUUUAUGUCAGUUAUUAGGAAGUAUUUUGUUAAAUUGAUAAAAAUCUAAUACAUUUUAACGCGUGCAAAAAUGUUUAAAAAUGAAUUGCAAAGGUUAUCAGGGUGACGUGAGAUUCUUUUUUUUCCUGGCCGUUAAGUUUCUCAUGCGCCAGAGGAAAUGCAAAUAAUGUCCUUCCUGCGCUUUUCUGAUCAAUUUAACAGCCACUGAAAGGGUCCAAAGAGGGAGGGAGGGAGGGAGGGCUGGGGGAGACCCACAGCCGUCCCCGACAUGCUCCCUCUCCCGGACCGGUAAUCAUUCUGUUCGGUUCGGACGCUGCACUGGGCAAACACAAAGAAGUCAGAGAGCAUCCUUCAGUCUUUUCAACGAGACCCCCCACUCGUAUUCAAAUACCACGCAGUGACAAAACGCCUCGCAUCCAAAAUUACCGUUUGACUCUUGGCCCUUCACGUGAGAUUAAAAUAAAACACGGAAGGAGAACCGACCUCGCCUUUGCUUAAAUUAGACAAUAAAUAGUCAAGACAACAUAUUUUAGAAUGAGAAAAAAUAGACGCAAAUUAAUGGAAUUAAAAUUAAAAAGCAAGAGAAUAAAGGCAUUUGAAGAUGUUUAAUUAUUUUAAAACGAGUCUUAUACGUGUGACUUUGUACAACAUUGAUAUAUAGAUAGAUUUUUUUUCAGAGCGAAUGGAUAAAAUGUGUCAACCGAAAUUAUCCAAAUAAAAAAGCUGUGUACGUACAUAUCCACAAAGUGCGUCCAAAUAAAGUCCCUGAUCUCCAGGUCAACACGAAUGAAACGAACAUGAGAGAACACAUUUACAGUCCGGAGUCCCACAAUAUUUCCAUCUUUCACUCGCCGUGGAUUUAAAUACCUGCGGAGACGACUGUCUUUGAAAAUCUUUCUCUCCUUUAAAGUCUGUCAACCCGUUUUAG